UCAUGGGGCCCCCGGGCAAUAGGGGAUCAUGGGGCCCCUGUGUCCUUGCCCAAACUCAAAAAAGCCUAUGAAAAAGGUACCAGGGGCAUCUCAUGGGGCCCCUACUGACCCCAGGCCCUCGGGCAGUGCCCGAGUUUCCAAAUGGUCAUUCCUCCCCUGAUACUACCCUAUGAAAGGUACCAGGGGCAUCUCAUGGGGCUCCCUACUGACCCCGGGCCCACAGGCAAUGCCCCAGUUUCCAAAUGGUCAGUCUGCCCCUGGAGUAGUCCCAUCAUUUUGGUGUUAUGAGUAAGUUAACUACAUGACAAUGAUAACCACAGAUACAGGUCC